AUGCUCCAGCGCCAGCCGGCCUUUCCUUUUGCCCUUUUAUUUAUUUGGGCUUCAGCUAGUGGGGUUGCCAUACUUAGAGUUUCUAGCUGUGCUAUUCUUUUCUAUUCCCCAUUAAACAUACCCGGUUCUCCGUGUGUCACUUGCGGGAAAACGUUUCAUCUUAUGAGGCGAAUCGCCGAACAAGGGUCCCGAGACUCACAAGACUUUUAUCACCUGCAUGAAGUCCUCUAA